UCCUCGCCUGACCCGGCGCCCUCCCAGCCCGCGGGCUCGCUGGAUGCGGCGGGGCCCCAGUGCGCGGGCGACAUGUACUUGUUGGACGGCAGCGGCGAGCCCGCGUCGCCACCCGCGGACGCGAUGCCGCGCGGGACGCCUCCCAGAAAGACCGUCUACCGCAUCUCCGUGACCAUGGUCAGGAAAGAGCAGCUGGCCGCGCCGGGCUCUGGCGGCCCGGACCCGCGCCCCGCUCGGUGGCCCCGGCCCGCGCGCUCCCCGGACGCGCCCGGGCGGCUAGAGGAGGAAGCCGAGGAGGCGGAGGGUGUGGAGGAACCGGAGGGUCGCCGGCCGCGCGCAUGGGAUUUCCGCACCUUCCGCACCCGCAGCACCGGGCAGCUGGAGCUGGGGCGGCUCCGGCCGUGCGCACGCGGCCUGGAGCCCGCGGACCUGGCCAGCAGCGGGCGGGCGGAGGAGGAGGGACGAGGCUCGCCCACGCCCGGCAGCCCCGACGUGGAGGGGGCCCGGGCCGCGCCCCUGCGGCGGAGCUUGAGCUUCAGGCACUGGAGCGGGCCUGAGGCGCCGCAGGGCCGGACACUGGGCGGCGGGAGGCGCCACAGCAGCUCCGGGAGCCUGGCCUGGGCGCCGGAUGACGAGGCCGCAGCCGGGGCCACCCUGGAGCCCGCGGCCGCCACGCAGCCCUCCUCGGAGAAGCGCAACACCCUGGACGUGGGCGAGGUGCUCAGCAAGAACGACACGCUAUCGGACCUGGAGCGUUGGGAGCGCAGUAAGAGCAAGAACCGCACGCUAGACAACAGCGACCUGCAGCGGCUGGAGCGCGCGCGGGCGGCGGCCGGGGCCGGCGCGGCCUCGGAACACCGGCUGCUGCGCUUCUUCAGCGGCAUCUUCGCGCGCAGGGAUGGGGGCCCGGGCGGCGGGCCCUCCCCACGGAGCGGAGCCUCGCGGCCGCGCGGCUACUUCAGCCUGCGGCGGCCGCCAGUCGAGGCGCACUCGUCCAGCGGCGAGAGCAUCGACGGCUCCCCGCGCAGAGAUGCCUUUGUGAACAGCCAGGAAUGGACGCUGAGUCGAUCUGUCCCGGAGCUCAAAGUGGGAAUUGUGGGUAACUUGGCCAGCGGCAAGUCUGCCCUGGUGCACCGGUACCUGACGGGCACUUAUGUCCAGGAGGAGUCUCCGGAAGAUAUGGAUGCAGGUGGCAGGUUCAAGAAAGAGAUUGUCGUUGACGGACAGAGCUAUCUGCUGCUGAUUAGAGACGAAGGGGGCCCCCCGGAGGCGCAGUUUGCCAUGUGGGUGGACGCUGUUAUAUUUGUCUUCAGCUUGGAGGAUGAAAUAAGUUUCCAGACCGUUUACCACUACUACAGUCGAAUGGCCAGCUAUCGGAACACGAGCGAGAUUCCUCUGGUUCUCGUGGGAACCCAGGAUGCCAUAAGUUCUACUAACCCGAGGGUCAUCGAUGACGCCAGGGCGAGGAAGCUCUCCAACGACCUGAAACGGUGCACGUACUACGAGACGUGUGCUACCUACGGGCUGAACGUGGAGAGGGUCUUCCAGGACGUUGCCCAGAAGAUUGUUGCCACAAGGAAGAAGCAGCAGCUGUCCAUAGGACCCUGCAAGUCGCUGCCUAAUUCUCCCAGCCAUUCCUCCGUCUGUUCUGCGCAGGUGUCCGCCGUGCACAUCAGCCAGACAAGUAAUGGAGGUGGGAGUUUAAGCGACUAUUCCUCCUCCGUUCCAUCGACUCCCAGCACCAGCCAGAAGGAACUUCGGAUCGAUGUUCCUCCCACUGCCAACACGCCCACGCCCGUUCGCAAGCAGUCCAAGCGCCGGUCCAACCUGUUCACCUCUCGGAAAGGGAGCGACCCAGACAAAGAGAAGAAAGGCCUGGAGAGUCGUGCGGACAGCAUCGGGAGCGGCCGAGCCAUCCCAAUUAAACAGGGCAUGCUGUUGAAGCGAAGUGGCAAAUCGCUGAAUAAAGAGUGGAAAAAGAAAUAUGUCACCCUGUGUGACAAUGGCGUGCUGACCUAUCACCCCAGUUUACAUGAUUACAUGCAGAAUGUUCAUGGUAAGGAGAUUGACCUUCUGAGAACCACUGUGAAAGUCCCAGGGAAGAGGCCACCCCGAGCCACGUCGGCCUGCGCGCCCAUCUCCAGCCCUAAAACCAAUGGCCUGUCCAAGGACAUGAGCAGUUUACACAUCUCACCCAAUUCAGGGAAUGUCACUAGUGCAUCUGGGUCUCAGAUGGCAAGCGGCAUCAGCCUGGUCUCCUUCAACAGCCGACCCGACGGCAUGCACCAGCGCUCCUACUCAGUCUCCAGUGCCGACCAGUGGAGUGAGGCUACGGUCAUUGCAAACUCGGCCAUCAGCAGUGACACGGGGCUGGGUGACUCCGUAUGCUCCAGCCCCAGCAUCUCCAGCACCACCAGCCCCAAGCUCGACCCGCCCCCCUCCCCUCACGCCAACAGAAAGAAGCACCGAAGGAAGAAAAGCACUAGCAACUUCAAAGCCGAUGGCCUGUCCGGCACUGCUGAAGCCAAACGCAAAGCAUGGAAACUAAACCGUGUUGGUAGCCUGCGAAAUAUAUACAGCAGCAGCACCAACACCGAAGAACAAGAAGAAAACUUUGAGUUUAUCAUUGUGUCCCUCACUGGCCAAACGUGGCACUUUGAAGCCACGACGUAUGAGGAGCGGGACGCCUGGGUCCAAGCCAUCGAGAGCCAGAUCCUGGCCAGCCUGCAGUCGUGCGAGAGCAGCAAGAACAAGUCCCGGCUGACGAGCCAGAGCGAGGCCAUGGCCCUGCAGUCGAUCCGGAACAUGCGCGGGAACUCCCACUGUGUGGACUGCGAUACCCAGAAUCCUAACUGGGCCAGUUUGAACUUGGGAGCCCUCAUGUGCAUCGAGUGCUCAGGGAUCCACCGGAAUCUUGGCACCCACCUUUCCCGAGUCCGAUCUCUGGACUUGGAUGACUGGCCAAUCGAGCUCAUCAAGGUGAUGUCGUCCAUCGGGAACGAGCUAGCCAACAGCGUCUGGGAAGAGAGCAGCCAGGGGCGGACGAAACCCUCAGUAGACUCCACAAGGGAAGAGAAGGAACGGUGGAUCCGUGCCAAGUACGAGCAGAAGCUCUUCCUGGCCCCACUACCCUGCACGGAGCUGUCCCUGGGCCAGCACCUGCUGCGGGCCACCGCCGACGAGGACCUGCGGACGGCCAUCCUGCUGCUGGCACACGGCUCCCGGGACGAGGUGAACGAGACCUGCGGGGAGGGAGACGGCCGCACGGCGCUGCAUCUGGCCUGCCGCAAGGGGAAUGUGGUCCUGGCACAGCUCCUGAUCUGGUAUGGGGUGGACGUCAUGGCCCGAGAUGCCCACGGGAACACAGCGCUGGCCUACGCCCGGCAGGCCUCCAGCCAGGAGUGCAUCGACGUGCUGCUGCAGUACGGCUGCCCCGACGAACGCUUCGUGCUCAUGGCCACUCCCAACCUGUCCAGGAGAAACAAUAACCGGAACAACAGCAGCGGGAGGGUGCCCACCAUCAUCUGAGGAACAGCCGUGCCCACCUGCUCGCCACACCCGGGACGCGGCAGCCUUGCCGCACACUCGCUCGGAAUUCGCAGCACGUGAGUCCCGUCGCAUCCCCUCCCUCUUCCUGGUGGCCGCCUCCCUCCCGCCCACCCACUGUCACCCCAAACAAAAUCACAAAACCUGGACAUCCUCAAGGGGCAAAGAGGCGGCCGGGAGACUGCAGAAGUGGCUCCUUUUCAUAAACUCCCCUAAACCACAAACAGGAGAGAGCGACGGGCCUCGGCCCUUUGACGAUAGCACACGGCGCAGGACCCUUGUCCUGGUGGCACAAGGGACGGGGACGUGAGGGGGAGGGGAGGCGAGGAACAAGGAGAAGGGGCAACUUUCGUUAACUGGCAGUUAAGCACAUAGUACAUUUCACCUCUAGCAAACGGAACACUUGGAUUCCAUCUCUUCUCUGAGGAGCUUGACGGCAUAAAUCAGAAGCAAGCACACAGUUUGUCAGGUUUGAAGCCCCUAUGAUGGUAUGUGUCAAAUCAGUUGUAGCUAAUCUGUCCAGGGAGAAUACUGGCUUCAUUACACUUGUAUAGUUGAGUUCUUCCAGCAUUACUGCUGUUUAAUAGAACAUGAUUAGUCAUCACCGAGAAGAAAGCAUAUUAGCCGAGGAGGUAGUUACGUGGCACGCUCCGGUGAUUGCCACGAUGUGAUUGCAAUACUCUUAGAAGCAUCAUAUUAUCCCAGACAUGUUCUUUCAAGCCCUUGGAGCCCUCCUUUCUAAAUUCACUGUCAUAAUUUAGUAUCUGUUUAAUUUUUCAGUCCAAAGAGAGGAAAUCAGUCGCUGAGUAUUAUUUGACUGCGGUCUCCUUGGUGCAAAAACAAAAUGGGAAAAAUAAAUAAGAGUAACUCAGAAAUUCAAAAGGAAAUCACAAAUUCAGCUAACAAUAGCAUUUCGAAUAUAUUUCGUAAACUAAGUAAAUACACAAAAGGCUAUUUUUUCCGACCGUAAGAGAGAUUUUAUGUCCUUUUGCCGAGGUGGAUGUGUUAGUCUCAGGCCCUCCUGGGCCACAUUGCCCAAGUCACACAGGCUUCUGUAUUAUGUAUUUAGAUAAGAUGUGUGAAAAUAUAUUUGAAUAAAAGAAGUUCAUAAAUAUGCAUUGAUUUUUGUACAGACAAAUGGCACCUCUCUUAAUUUAUAAAUUGAACUGGAUGUGAACUAAUAAUGUGCAACUAGUUGAGAUAGGGUUACAGAUCAUUGUACAUGGAAAAUAUUCCCAGCAGUAAACACUUCCAUUAAUGUGAUCUACAGCUUUUAAAAAGGAGCAUCUCAGAAUAAGACGGUGGUACAAUUUGCUUAUUAAAAUUGAGAAAGAAAAAAAAGACACACUGAAGUAUAUUAGAAAGGAGAAAGAAGGAAUGUGGUUUCUCAUGAUUGAAAGCAUGAUGUAGAUCAGAUACGGCUUUUGCUAACCAAGACCAAGGGGCUCUGGCAAGACGGGGUGGUUUUCCGAAUGCCAGACCGAGGUGCCUUACGGAAGGCAGCUGCUGAUGGUUCUGUGGCACAGACUGGCUCCUGAGAACCCAGGCAACCUUGACCCGGCAGCCCGGCCCUCCACGCUAGUACCUCGCCUGAUUUCCAUCGUCGCGGUAUCUGGCCGCUUCAGACGUCCGCCGCCUUCCGUGGUGGUAGUCAAACGUAGUCAGCCAAACCACAGCAUCCCUCAGAUUAAAAGCAAACGGGGCGGCUUUGCCCAGAGCCCAUUGGCACUGUGACGCGGGGAGAAGGGUUGUCACGAUGGAAGAUGAGGACACUAGAAUCCUGUAGCACAGAAACACAAAGCCGCACGUGCUGGCAGCCUCCGGGGUGUUCCUUGCUCUCAUAUAUUAAACCUUAUAUUUUAUAAGAGUUUUUCCUCUUCUUUCACUUUUUAAAAAAAAAUUAAAGUAGGUGGGGAAGAAAUAAAGCUUUACACAUAAUUUAUAUGUGGGUAAGUGUUUCAUGGAAAUUUCUAAUCUUAACGAAGCUAAGUGGAGCUCACUCGUAUCCAAAAGGAUAACAGGUGCAGCAGCCACAAGUCUGAGAACUUUGACGACAGUCCCAUCGUCCUGCCAUUUGAUUUUUCAGUCUGCGUUUCAUCACUGUGUAGCUAUUGUAAAUGUGAAUAGAAAAGAAAAAAAGGUCAUUGCCUAUUUUUGAAGAGCGCGUUGGUGUUCGAAUCCACUAGACACACUCGCUCCACACAGCCUUCACCGUAGACUCUGUAGUGGACACAAAUAUAGCAUAAAUGAAAUUGUUAAAUUAUUUCAUUGUAGUGAAUUCCCACUAUAGGAAUGCUUUAUCAUAGUGAAGCUUCUUUUGAGAAGAAACGGAACUCCUGGAGGCUUCUCUUUGGGAUGUAUAUGACUGUGUACAUAUUAUUCUAUGUGUUUAUAAUAUAAUAUUUUCCCAACUGACUUCUUGUUUCACUUUGCCUUCCACAACCUGAAUGCUAGAUUGGCUCUUUCCCUUCCUGGUCCCCAGCACGGGCCGCCAUGACUCCCCCUCAGAAAACACAGCCCCACCCCUGCCAUUCUCGGCGACGUCCAUCUGCUCCACGAGCAGCCGCCUGCUAGGGCCCGAGUUUUAGUAGCAAAAGGAAAGGCAGUUUCAAGGGUCUUUCCAAAUAAAGAAGACAGCUGGCUAAUCUGUUUGUAUUUCGGUGUCUAACCGAAGCCCUUUCUUUGCUGACCACACUCUUGUUCCCACUUUCAAGCUAAUUACCACCAAGGCUGGGAGAGGCAAGGACCGAGGGCAGAGUUAGGAGUAACGUGUUUGAGAAGGGAGUUGAGUUUUUGUUGUUCAUUUCCAUGUUCAGUUCUGUGACGUGAUGAUGACAGAUCACCACUGCAGGAUCCACCUCCCCUUUCCUGUUCAGAAUUAAAACUCUGCCUUGACGAGAAACAGCCAGCUGGGGGAGGCACACGAGCGGCCUGUGUAACCCUGUGGGUGAUCUGGACACGUCUGCACCCCGACGUUCAGCUUCACAGAGACUGAACUUGGAGGGGAGUGGAGGGGUGUGGAGGGGUGUGGUGCAGACCUGGCUGCAGCAGGAACAUCCCGCAGGGACAGGAUUCUGAUUCUGACCUGAGGUGCUGGGGCAGACAAGUGGUUUGCCCCACCCAGCACCCCAGUCCUGUCCCUGGUCCUUCUCUCUGUUUCAUCCCAGGAAAUGAGCAGCCCAAGGGCGAGCAAGUGACAAAUUUCUGAGUCAUUUGCCCCAAAACCAGGUGCAGUGUCCUAUCUCCCAAGUGUGUGCACAAUGUAUAUGCACCGGAAAGGAGGGCGAAGGCGGCAGGUCGCUCGCCAAUCGCAGGGUUCUCAGACGCAGGAGAGAGCGGGAUCUUACUGAAUUGCAUUUCCUGCAGGGCCCCUAGUCCACAAGCCAGUUCUGGGCAGUGGCUUUUCAGCACAAGGGCCUUGUGUUGAAACUCCCUCUUCUGAGACUUGGCCCAGCCUGAUGAGGUCUGCAUGGUUCGGCCUCUGUCAUCCAGUGUAGAUACCAGUCUUCCUGUUUUUGUGACAUCUGCACAUUGGAGGUCAUUCCCUAUGUCUGCAUAGGAGCUGCUACUAACCUUGUUAGGGAGAAACAUGGUCUGAUGAAAAAGCCGGACCCCUAGACUCAGCCGGCCCUGCCAUCCCUCCAGAGGAUUCCCGCACAGCUCUGGACAGGCACCCAGCUUCCUGAGCUCUUGUUCCUCAUCUGUGAAAGUUGCAGGGUGCAGUGAGGUUUCAAACCCGUGUGAUAAAUGCCAGCCUCACACCUGGCCAGGGGAUGCUGGGGAGACCGGAGCACUUGUUAAGAACAGAAACACUGAUGGGACCAAAGCCGGCACACACGCCAGGAGACCUGCCCGUGGCUGACACUGUCCUCCAGCCUGCACCCAGGGGAGGCCGUGACGGGCAUGUUUGCCAAGCGCCUCCAGUAGAGCCCGGGGCCCUCCUCUCUCAGCCUGCCAGUGCCCUGCCCUGGCCCUCCACAUGGCGGGGAACAGCAUCCCUUGCUCCCUGAGAGCCUCUCUGGAACCUGCCCACUUUUCUCAACGUGGAUAUUCCACUUUGUAGUCUGAAGUUGAUUUUCUAGAGGCAGGAAGGGGCUGAGUUCUGCCCUCGUGCUGUUCGCCGGUGCUGGUCAGGGCCAAGACGACCCUUCGCUCUCCCCCACAGCCUGUUGAGGUGGUGUCGGCGUGGACAGCGUCCCUCCCUUCAGAUGCCACCUUCCCCUUGCCGUGAGCUGCGUGACUCACGCGUGCAUCGGGCCUCCCCUCCUCCUCCUGUCUGAGAUCGGAGCUUGCUGGAGAGCACCCCGGGUCGCCGUGCUUGGCUGCAGGCCGUCCCUCUCUCCCCGUCCCCAGGCUCCCAGUGUGUUUUGUGCUUGAACUUGGUGGACUCAUCUUACCCCACAAGAGAGACCUGCUCAGCCUGCAGCAUGCAAUGUGCCGUAGGCGCCCUGGGUCCCCGUGGUGCCCACGAUGCCAACUCUUCCUCCCUGCACUUAGGAUGUUCUGGAAAUGAGGAGAAAUCCAUAUUCCUGCCCUGGGAGGUGGGAAACCUGGCAACGAUGUAGCUUCCCCUGAGAUGGGGUAUAAUCAGGCCUCAGCAACCACUCAGGAGGCAAAGGUGUUUGGAAAGCAAACCCCAAACCUCCGGAGGGGCCGCUUCCCUCCCCGCACGGCUGUGCUCUGCUUCCGUCCCUCACCUCCUGCACAAGGUCGUUGAGACUUUUCUAGAACUCCCUGGGGUUGUAUUUAUGGCCUUCAAGCAAACAAAUUAAAAAGCAGUCAGGAAGGAGUUCUGAUAGAAAAGUGCUGGAGACACACAGCUUUCCUUCAAAGGAAAUGUAAUUUAUUUCCAACCGCCGCCUCAGAUGGGGGUUUCACGUGUUGUGAAGUCACAUCUUGAAUGAUUGUCACCCUCAUCCUUCCCCAAAAAGGUAAAUAAGGGCCUUUGGCAUCAACGCGUGCAUUCUCCACCUUUCCGAGGCUCACACUUGGAUUUCUGAGUGGCUUUCUUCAGGGAGCCCUUGUGGUCACACGGCUUUAAUGCCGCCCCCGUCCCCCCAGGCCAGGCCAGCACGCCCAGGUGAUAGUGGGGCCAGGAGACCCCCCUGCCCUGCCCAGUGGACAGAUCUGCCCCAGCCCUGCUGUGUGCCCUGUGGGGACGGGCCCUCUGUCAUUUCACCACACAUGUUAGGCUGCUUUUCAGCGAAAUGUCAGCUUUGCUCCCAUUAUGUGGGAGACAGAAGGGGCGCAGGUGUAUCUCCUUGGAGUAGCUGGGUCACUAAGACACAGUCCUCAGACUGGUCCUUCCGACACAGCGAGGGAGUGAUCCUGAUCGCUGGCCCCUGGGAUGCUGCGCUGUCUGUGAUUAGAGAGAAGUGACCAGUGCCCCGUCUGUGAUGAGACAGCAGCCCCUAUGGCAGACCCCUCCCCUCUCCAUGGAGGAAGACAUAUGUACUGUGAUAUUUACUGUUUCAAAAACACAAACUUUCUUCCCCUUAGAGAAGAAAUACUGCCCUUAAAUAGGCUGUUGAAAUAUGAAUGCCCCACCCCCUGCCGCACCAUGUAAUCGGUGUGUCUGCGGCUUUCUUCGCAUCACACGUCUGCGUUGGCAGGUGAUUCUGGAAAGGGAGUCUGUGAAACCAACAAGUUUUUUUAAACCUGUGAGUUGUAUGAGAAAGUAUUUAAGUUCACCAGUGUAGUAAACACCCACCCCCGUAGCAGUAAGCAGACCUAAAUCUGAAAACCCAUUCUUACUGUCUUUCCCUAUGAGGUGCUGGUUUUGGUGUAAAACGACAGCACUUGGUUUGGGGUUUUGCACCUGUUUGGUAGAACUGUUCUUGUCUGAGGCCCUCACCCGCUACAGAUGGGCCUCAGGGCCUGGAGAUGGGCAGAUGGGGCCGGAGUGGCCGGCAGAGACUUGCAUGGGCUCUGAAAGCCCCAGUGCUCAAGCCUAAGGCUGCUAAGUGAGACCAGCAGGCAGCUGUGGCUUCCGGCCUUGGGACACCCAAGCUGGGCCACUCCCUGUGCCCGAAACAGGAUAUCCUCAUGAAUGUGGGGAGAGCUGGCUCAGGGCUUGGCUUUCAUUUUGGCCUGGCACAGGGCGUCUGCAGGGAGCACCCCCCAACCCGAGGAUGGUGAAACCAUAUGAUAGAGACUCCUUGUCGAAGUCCACGUCGGACUGAUCUAGAAUGCUCUCUGGGGGAAUUGCAUGGCCUUUGCCUUGAGAUGCAGGUGAAAGAAAGGAACCAAACAAGGCGUGAGUGCGUUGGGGAAUCUUCCCAGUGGAGCAAACCCCCUUAACACACCAGCUGUUGGGAACAGCUGCCCCUAAAUCAGAUUAAACCCUCAUCUGCCUGCAUCUCCCUGGUGCCGAGCAGUCUACACUGGCCCAGGAAGCUAAUGCCUGAGCUGCUUGGAGAGCUCUGGUAAAAAGAAGACACUGGAAGCCCACUCAGUCAGCAGCUGUGCAUGAGGAUGUCAGGGGCCUUUGGACUUGAGGAAGGACAGUCCAGGCACAUGGAAUCCUGAUGGGCCUUACACAGACACUGGCAGGCAGCCCAGCCCCUGCCCAGUACCACAGCCCUGGGGUGUCCCUUGACAUUCUUGGAGGUCCCUGGGCAAAGGCAUUUCCCGCCUGGGUUCUCAGGGUAGGAGAACAGAGAAGGCUCCAAGGGUGUUGUGAGCCAGGGGCCAGUCUGGGGAGUGGGUCUCACGCACUGCUCAGGUUGGCACAUGAGGGACCUCCCCAGCCCCAAGGGUCCCAGCAGCGUUCUCGGCACGGCUGUUUUGAGGGUGCACAGGUGACUGGAGAGGGGCGGGGCAGUUGCAUGGUGGAUGGGCAAAGUGUGCAUUUAGAAGCUGCUUCAUGGCAUUAAGAACGGGGGAGAGGGCCCAGCACUGUAAUGUUAGAAAUAAUUCCUUCUUGCAGACUUGAAAAGCAUCAGUUUCCCUCCCACAGCUGGGUUUUUUGUGUCUGAAAUACAUCUCAUUCUCCAGAUGCAGCCCCUCUCAGCCCUCAGCACCUGAGCACUGGGGAGGCCUUUGUUGGGCUCAGCCUGGAGAGGGGAGGGUCGCACGGGUCCCAGGGGCAGGUCUGGCCCACUCUCCUGCCCUGACUCUUCCCUUCUGCCAGCUUGGAAUUUGGUUCUCAUCUUGCCACAGGGGCGUGUUUCCUAAAGGGGAGCCGGAGCAGGUCAAAGGUGACAACUGAGAUGCAUUUCUAGGCAGGGGCAGGGAAGGCCAGCCCACCUUACAGCCGGUUUUCUGUUUCUGUAAAUAGCAGUGUAUAGAGGUGGAAGGGCAGCGUGGGCUUAUCCACAGAUGGGUUGAGGCUUUUUUUUUUUUUUUUUUUUGGAUGUUUUCUAUUACCUCAUUCAGCAACUUUAUGUUUCACAAUGACUCAGUGAUGCUUUAUUUAUAUUGUUUGUACUGUAAUUAAAACCAUUGACAGACAUUUCACUUGGCUUGUUAUUUCAUAUGAUCUUGUUUUGAUUAAAUAUGCCAGUUUGUAUUUUCCUGCCUUGGGAUUUUUUUGUGUCCGCUGUACAGUAUUCUAAGGGGAAAAGAAAGACGUGUAAAGUAACAGAGAGAGGUGGCUAUGGUGUAGAGGCCUCUUUCUAAUAAAUGAAAAUAUGUCUACACCG